UAAAUAGAAACUAGAAACAUAAACAAAAGAAAAUUUUGCUAGCUACGCUAUUGGUGAUGUACUAAUACUUUUCACUGAAUUAAAUUAAAAUUAAUUUUUAAUAAUUAGGGGAUGAAUUUAAUAGAUGAUUCAUAAAUCGAAUUUAACAUGAACUUGAAAUUUGCAUAUGAUUCAUGCAAAUCUACACCUUUUAGUAUACCUGCUUUAACGUUUGCUGUAAUAGGCUGCAUAAGUUUGAUAGUUGCGUUAUCCAGUCCACGCUGGCUAGAAUCAGAACCUGAAUCAAAGUCUAAUUUCGUCCGUCUUGGGUUAUGGAGUGUAUGUUUCAGAGAUUAUCAACAUCCAUCUUUAAAAUUCGAUGGUGUAUUCAAUGGAUGUUAUUCUUUACAUGGCCAGAAAUCCAAAAGUAUUCGUAACUGGUUGCAUCCAGGAUGGUUUGUUUUUGUGCAGUGUCUAACAACAAGUUCUACAUUGCUAUGUACACUUUGUGUUGGAAUUUUGGUUUUCAUGCAUUUUCAAACAGAAAUUGAGAUAAAAAUAUUUAUAUCAACAUUCGUUUUUGUUUUUGAAGCCCUAUCUGCCCUGUCAGCAUUUCUUGCAGUCAGCGUUUUUGGAGCAAUGUGUUUUGAGCGAUCAUGGAUACAGUAUCCUAAAUACAACUCACUUUCGCUAGGAUAUGUAUUUGCUGUUAUCGGAGCUCUUUCAUUGGGUGUUGGUGCUUGCCUUCUUCUAGCCCAGACAUUUCGAAUGAGGAGAUUUCUGUAUCGCAACAGUACAGUGAUGUAUCACAUCCCUGUUCCUAACCCAUAAAUGAAGUUAUUUCUAUAUCGUAAAAGUCGGUUAGAAAUAUGAUAGUUAUAAGAAAUGAAAUGAGUUACAAAAAACAUGAUUUGUAUAUCUCUCUAGUGAGUGAUGUUUUGCAUUCCUAUUUCUAACUCAUGAAUGAGAAGAUUUCUAUAUCGCAAGAAUGGGUUAGGAAUGUGUUGGUUGUUGGAAAUGAAAUGGGUUAUAAGGAAUGUGGUACAUCUCUAUAGUGAGUGAUGUAUCACAUUUCUGUUUCUAACCCAUAAAUAUAACCUGCUAUGCAUCUGAGUCACCAUUUUCUACUCUUCAAACAUUCCAUUUGAAAAUUGUAAUAAACAGAGCAUUUAUUAGAAUUUAUAUAUUAACAUGAUUGAUUUAUGAUUAUGAUUGAUUAUUUUAUCAGCCGAAUUAUUUAUUUGUAAUUACAAUUUAUUUUUUAAUUUUCUUAAAACUAUAAUCUAGAUUUAUUAAUUUCUCAUUUUAUUAGAUAAUGGUUAUUAUAAAAGCUAUGUAAUAACAAAUAUUUUCAGAUCGAUUUUUAGAAGUUUAAAAAAUCAAUAACAAUAUUUUUAAACAUUCUAAGCACAAAAAUGAAUCUUUACUCCCAUAGUUAAAUAUUUAUGCAUCUUAUUACUUUCUUCAGUGUAAAGGAUUAAAGCACAAAUAUAUGAAUUUCUUACCAUAAGCAGUCUUUUAAUGCCCCUUGUCCAUAAAUCAAUGUAAUGAAAUGUAAAUCAAUUUUGAAGAAAUCUUUGAUAAUAAACCUUUUAUUUUGUUACUGAAAUUGUUUGAAAUCUUACAGGAAAAAAAAAAGUAUAAUUAGAAAGAUGAUUGAAAAAAAAAUUGAUUUUUUGAAAUUUAAGUUGAUAAAAAUCAUUUUUGAACUGUAAUACUUUCUGGAAUUAUAAUAAAGAAGCAUCAAAAUUUCAAACUUUUUUAAUUAAUUGAAACACUAAUUAAAAUUUCUUAAAAAAUUGCUACUGGUUGCACAUGUUUACCUUUCAAAUUGUAUUUGUGUCAAGUUUGGUAGCUUUAGAUCAAACAGUCUAGCUUGUAGAGUGGCAAUACACUCAUACAUUCAUCUUUAUUAUUAGAAGAGAUUUUUG